GAUCUUAGGAUGCGACAGCCCUUCGGUCUGGGGCCUUCUGGCUCUUUGAAAGCCCGUCGACUCUAUGGGCACACUGUAAGGGGCUGGUUGUGCUUUUCAGUGUGGGGGGAAGAGAAAAAAAAUUAACCGCUUAAAGAAGCGCGGCAGAGAGAAGGCUUAAGGUUGCCGCCAUGCCUUGCACAGACCGAGGGAGGCAGUUUACAUGAGAAUGCGGCCGCAGUAACGAUUCCCCCGCAGCCUUCCGGAAGCGGAACGGCGGGAGCAUCAGUCUCACGACCCACAGACCCCCGGAAGCGGAAACAGAGUCCCAGCGUGCCCCUUCCCCACUGCCCUCCAAAUCCCACUGCAGCCAUUGCCGCAGCCACGAUGCCGAAACGAAAGAAGCAGAAUCAGCAACAGCAGCCACCACUACAAGAGCCCCCGCUCUUGCCUGAGCGGGAAGAGACUGGAGAUGAGGAAGAUGAGAGUCCCAUCGGACCACCCAGCCUUCUGGGCCCUCCCCCCAUGGCCAAUGGAAAGCCUGGCGACUCCAAGUCAGCUCUACACAGAGGUCCUCCAGGAUCAAGGGGACCAAUGAUUCCUCCACUGCUGAGUCUCCCACCUCUUCCUCGGGGUAGAGGCCCACUACGGGGAGGCCUUGGCCCUAGGUCUAGCCCAUAUGGUCGUGGAUGGUGGGGGGUCAAUGCUGAACCUCCUUUUCCGGGGCCAGGACAUGGGGGUCCCUCCAGGGAAGGCUUGCACAAAGAGCAGAGAAACCCUCGAAGGCUCAAAAGUUGGUCUCUUAUCAAGAAUACCUGCCCACCUAAGGAUGGCCCCCAGGUUAUGGAAGACAAAUCCAGCCGCCCUGUUUGCCGACACUUUUCCAAAAAGGGUCACUGUCGAUAUGAAGACCUCUGUGCCUUCUACCACCCAGGCGUCAAUGGACCUCCUCUGUGAGACUGUGCCUUCCCUUCCAGGCUGGAAGGAGCCCUCUGUGACCUAGUGGCCAUGUAUUUCCCUUUGGCCCUGUGACGGCUACUGUGAGGCUCUUCCACCUAUCACCCUCAGUCAGUGACAUAUCCGUCCCCAUCUACCACCUCCACCAUUUGGGGUCCAGAGUUGUGUUUCAUCACUGGUGCACAGUGCGUACCAUCUUCUGAUCCAGGUUCCAGAGACUCACCUUCGGGAUCCCAUCUUAAUCCCUUCAGCUGCCUCCUGGAUCUUCUUCCCCUUCACAAAUGACUGCUAAACAGGAAACCUUUGGUGCUGUUUCUUGUGCAUCUGUCCACUUGUCACCCAGUAUUGCCCUCGAUUCCCGAGAGCCCUGGAGUGGUUUCCUACCCUCUAGCUGCUUGUUUUAAGUCCUUUUUUAAUGUGGCACCCUAGUGUUUUCAGCUGCUCGGGAAACUCACCAGGUUAUCUGGCCUGGGGUUGAGUUUGGGUAUCUGAUACAGUUACUCCCUGACAGCUACUUCCCUGCUUUUGGAUUUCGUAGUUUCUCUGUCAGCAUGAUCCCCACCACUAUGGUCUGUGAUCACUGUGCGUUGUGAAACUGUGCAUCUCCUUGUAUACUUUCUUAGUGUCCGUGGCAUUUUUGUGACUUCCCAACACUAGAGUAAGUUUUCCUGCCAAAAUGAAUGAGGCUCUUGGUGCCCUAUAGACUUUCCAUACCUUCCAACAUGGGAGAAUUGUGAAACUUCCCAUAGACUCCCUCCCUGGUCCUCCCCAUUCUCCCACUGUUGGUUAUUCUGGGUCUGACAUAGGCCAGUGAUAUCUUGUAAAGCCUCAGACGAUGAUCCUCCCUACCCAGCUCUUCCCUGGCCUAUUUUAGGUAGGCUUUGUCAUUGUGAGGCCACCAGCCCUUUCAUUUGAAUUCUGUGAAUCUCCACCUGGCCUGACUUUGGGUGGAACCUGGACAGUACUGUCGCCCUCUUCCAACCCUCUUCCCUCACAUCUCCUGGCACUGGUUGUUUUCUGUGAAAACGGCAGUGAACAGCUUCUGUUCUGAGCUAGCCCUGAGGAAAUGGAUCAGGAGGUGUGUAGGCAAGAGGGAGGAAUUGAAAGCUGUCGGAGAACUGAGAAUGAUUUUUUUUUUCUUUUUAACUUUUUUUAUAUUAGUAAUAAAUGCAGUGGAAACCAGCAUUUUCUUCAAUCCCUGUGUCCCAAUCAUCUCUGAAGUCGCAGAUGAGGCUAUUCUUGGUGGAGUCAGCUCAUUCUUCAUUUAUUCAUACACAGUGGUGAGAAUGGGUCCA